AGUAUCCUUUUGCUUCAGUACUUCCUUUCUACGUACAUAUCUGGCCACGUUGUGACACGUUGACGGUGUUUAUUUGCGUUUGUGUGGAUCACCACCAUUAUUUUCCUUUUCUUCCUUUCUCUAUUCUUACACGAAUUGUUUGGCUUUCCUUCUUCCCUGACCAAGGCUGACCUUGAGCUAUUCAACGCAGUUCUGGCACCGUACCUACCAGGGCCUACAUGCGUUUCUUCAAAGGCAUUAGUUAGGAAUACACAAUAUCAGGGGCUUUUCCCAUCCACCUCCUCUCAUCAUGCGCCCUUUCCUCCGCGCUGUAUCCAUGGUGAGCCUGUGCUUCGCGUAUUUCCUGCUGGUCGGCGUAUCGGCGCAAGCGCCACCUCGCGGGUGGCGACCUUACGAAUCCAAGUUUAAUUCUCUCAGUCAGGCUUGCUACGGAGUCCUAGAAGAUGCGUGCCCGCCCAACUCUGCCGACCGACUGUACUGCCUGAUGCUGAACCAAGACAAGAACGACAACCAUGAGUGUAACAUGUGGCUGGGCUGGCGCACCGUUUGUCUCUCGUUCGUAGAGGUGAAGCUGGUGCCCAAUGGUUUCUGCGGCUUUACGAAGGAGGAAUCCACGCCGGAGCUGGUGCGACAGUGCCUGGGAAUCGUAGAUAAAAAGGAGCUGCCGGAGUUGUGCCACAAAAGUCCAUAUUACAAGUCACUCAAACUUCACAGCCCUCGUCUGAUGGACGACGAGGGCGACUUGUGA